AAUUGGCCUGCAGGGCCGUCAAAUGUGUGGUAUUUUGACAUUUUAGAAGUCAAAAAAAAGUUGAAAAUAAAUAAGGUAAUUUUCAGUAUUAAGCGUAACAUAUUGCAGCAUUAUCGCCCGAAUAGAGUAUCUGCGCGAGACCUGGGAGCGUGCGGGAUCUCAGAACACCUUCGCCACUGACAACAUAAAUUGAGAGAUGUUGAGAUUAGGUAUUUCAAAAGUCCUCUCCGGGGCGAAGAUUCAGCAUGUGGCUGUUGUGUCAAGGGCAGCCAGUGACAUUGCCAAGAAGCCGGAGAAGAUUGAAGUUUUUAUUGAUGAUAAGUCAGUGAUGGUGGAGCCUGGCACCACUGUGCUGCAGGCUGCCGCUCAGAUAGGAGUGGAGAUCCCUAGGUUCUGUUACCACGAGAGAUUGGCAGUUGCUGGCAACUGCAGGAUGUGUCUUGUUGAAGUGGAGAAGUCGCCAAAACCGGUGGCAGCUUGCGCUAUGCCAGUCAUGAAAGGUUGGCGUAUUAAAACUGAUUCGGAAAUGACGAAGAGGGCCAGGGAGGGCGUAAUGGAAUUCCUAUUGGUCAACCAUCCGUUGGAUUGUCCCAUUUGCGAUCAGGGCGGCGAAUGCGAUUUGCAAGAUCAAUCGAUGGCCUUCGGCUCCGAUCGUUCCCGCUUCACCGAUAUCGACUUCUCCGGUAAACGCGCCGUCGAAGACAAAGAUAUUGGGCCGUUGAUCAAGACGAUCAUGACCCGCUGCAUCCAUUGCACCAGAUGUAUUAGGUUCGCUUCCGAGGUUGCCGGCGUCGACGAUCUCGGAACGACCGGCAGAGGUUCCGACAUGCAGAUCGGCACGUACGUCGAGAAGUUCUUCAUGUCGGAGAUGUCCGGAAACGUUAUCGACUUGUGUCCGGUCGGCGCGUUGACGAGCAAACCGUACAGUUUUACCGCGAGACCAUGGGAAAUCCGCAAAGUCGACUCGAUCGACGUCCUCGACGCCGUAGGCUCCAACAUCGUCGUCUCCACUAGGACCGGAGAGGUGUUAAGGAUUCUGCCCAGGACCAACGAGGAAAUCAACGAGGAAUGGUUGUCCGAUAAAUCCAGAUUCGCCUACGACGCGUUGAAGAGGCAAAGGUUGGUUACGCCGAUGGUGAAAGGUUGUGACGGACAAUUGAAACCUGUCGACUGGGAAGCCGCCCUCCUCACAGUAGCUAAAGCCAUGAAUCAAGCAGGUAACAAAAUUGGAGCUAUCGCUGGUGGAUUGACCGACGCUGAAGCUUUAGUCAGUCUGAAAGACCUUCUGAACCGUUUGGGCUCUGAAAACCUCUGCACCGAGCACACCUUCCCCAUGGACGGAUGCGCCACCGACCUCAGAUCUACCUACCUGCUGAACAACAAGAUCGCGCCUGUUGAAGAAGCUGAUUUCAUCCUGCUCGUUGGAGCCAAUCCUCGUUUGGAAGCACCUCUGCUCAACUCUAGAAUCCGCAAGGGAUACAUCCAUAACGAAACCGAUAUUGCCGUGUUGGGACCCAAGACCGACAUGCGUUACGAUUACGAACAUUUGGGCGAAGAUCCAAGCGCUCUGAAUCAAAUUGCGUCCGGCUCUCAUCCUCUAGCAGCUAAAUUGAAGAAAGCCAAGAAACCGUUGAUCAUCGUAGGAGCCGACGCUAUGGCUCGCGCCGAUGGUGGGGCUAUUCGCACCGCUGCGAUGAAGCUGUCGCAGGAACUCCAGAGUAAUAUCGUGGAUGGGGAAUGGAAAGUCUUGAAUAUCCUACACAAAGUCGCCGGACAGGUGGCCGCUUUGGAUUUGGGAUACAGCGCUGGCGUGGAGAAGAUCAGGAACGCCGACGGUAUCAAAGUGCUCUUCCUCUUGGGAGCCGACGAAGGCACCAUCAGCAGAGACGAUCUCCCCAAGGAUUGCUUCGUGGUCUACCAAGGUCACCAUGGUGAUCACGGCGCUAGCAUCGCCGACGCCAUACUCCCCGGUGCCGCCUACACUGAAAAGCAGGCCACCUACGUGAACACAGAGGGUAGGGCGCAGCAGACCCUAGUCGCCGUCACUCCUCCGGGUCAAGCCAAGGAGGACUGGAAGAUCAUCCGUGCUCUGUCCGAGAUCCUCGGCUCGAAGUUGCCGUACGAUAACUUGGAUCAGGUCAGGUACAGGUUGGAGGAGGUCGCGCCUCAUUUAACCCGUUACGGCGCCGCCGAAAACGCAAACUACUUCAAGCAGGCCUUAGCCAUAUCCACUAUGGCUAAAGGCAACAUCAGCAAUUCACCGUUGGACGUGAAACAGAAGAAAUUGGAGGACUUCUUCAUGACGGACGCCAUCAGUCGGGCGAGUCCCACGAUGGCCAAGUGCGUGGCCGCCGUCAAGAAACAUAUGGAAUCCAAAUAUUAACAACAUCAUCAUCAACAACAAAAAAAAUAAACGUUAAAUGCAAUUUGUUUUUUUUAAAUGUAUUAAUUUAUUGAGUUCCUAGGACUCGAUGGUUACGCUAAGAGAGAAAGAAAAAAAAACCAAUAGUCGUGAUAUGUACAAAAGAAAACAAUAUAUGCAAUUGUUUAGCGACUUUUCACAGUUUCCAAGUAUUUCCUUUCAUGAUUCUGUUGGAGUUUUUUUUUUAGAUUUAUUGUAAAUAAUAAAUAAAUUAAGAGCGUC